AUGACUACAAAGCUUAAAUCUAUUCGAGCGGGACACAGAAGCGCAGUUUCUAGGAUUUUAAGAAGAUUUGAGGAGAGAAGUGAAACAGAAGAUAAACCAGAAGAGGACGAGUUAGAAACAAUUUUGGAUACAUUGAAGGAAAAGCAAGAUAUUCUAAAGGAUUUGGAUAAGAACAUUUUGGAUAGUGUACAAGAGGAGGAUAUAGAGCAAGAGAUACUUGACACAGAUGAGUAUAAAUUUAAUUUAGAGACGAAAAUACGCAAAAUUCAAGGAGAAGCGUCAUACACCAUUGCCGGAUUUGCUCUUACGCACACAAACUACAACAAAGCUAUUGAACUCAUACAUGAAAGAUUCGGACAAAAGCAUAAGAUAAUUCAGUCGUACAUGCAAGCAUUACUAGACAUACCCGCACAAAAGAAUACGCUUACGCACCUUAGAAGCUACUACGACAGGACAGAAACAUACAUACGUGGCCUUGAAUCUCUCGGACAGGCUCAAGACUCAUACGGCUCGUUAUUAGUACCAGUCAUACUCAACAAAAUGCCCAGUGAAAUACGCAAAAACCUGACUCGUGAACACGGUUCAACAGAUUGGUUUCUCGGUGAUCUUAGGAGAUCUAUCUUUAAGGAGCUGGCCAUUUUAGAGUCUGGUAACAGUAAAGAAACAGGUGAGAGUCCGAGCGCUACAGCUACGUUCUACACAAAUACAAAAUCACGUAAAAUCUGGCCAAAAAACAAUUCAACCAAUUCAACACAGAAAUCUCAUACCAUAAACUGUGCAUACUGCAAGGAGCCCCACUAUUCAUCAGAAUGUACUAAAUAUACUGAUCCAAACGACCGCAUGACAAUUGUAAAAAAGGAAAGACUGUGCUUUAAUUGUUUAGGGCGACACAGUGUAGCAGAUUGUAAAUCAAAAUCAAACUGCAAAAAAUGUAAAAGACGUCACCACACAAGCCUAUGCAACAAAGACCACGACAAAGAAACUGCAAGUACAAGUAGUACAAGUAGUACAUGUACAGUACAAACACACAACGCGGAGGAAUCUGAGACAACAGUUUUAUAUUCAUCUCUAGGCCGUGAUCGCCCAAAUGUUUUGUUGAAGACCGCAAUUGCACCACUAAACUACAGAGGACAAACAAUUGACACCAAUAUACUUUUCGACGAAGGCGCCCAAAGAUCGUUUAUAACUAGGCAAGUAGCAGAUACAUUAGAUAUAAGACCAACAGGAAGAGAGGCAAUAGCAUUAUCGGGAUUUGGAGACACUGACAAGAACAGCAGAGUUCAACAACUAGAUACUGCAACAGUUAAGUUACAGACUAUUUAUGGCGACCAUAUUUCAGUAGAUGUUUUAAUUGUACCAAAAAUAGCCGCACCAUUGACGACUUACAUUCAUACUGCCAAAACUAUGCCGUAUUUACAACAUUUAAGAUUAGCUCACGCCGUAAAUAAAGAUGCAUCAUUUGAAAUAGGAUUACUUAUUGGAGCUGACCAAUAUUGGAACAUAGUUGAGGAUGAGAACAUCAGAGGCGAGGGACCUACAGCAGUAAGGUCCAAACUAGGAUAUCUACUCUCAGGACCUCUGAAAGGAACCCACUCAAUGAACACAAACGCAUCAAUGAUGAAUGUAAUUGUUUCAACCAAACGAGAAGAGUUUGAUCUAGAAAAGUUCUGGAAGAUAGAAACAACUGGGACCGAGAAUAUGGACGCCGAUUUUAAGUUUAAUCGGGAAUUUCAGGACGUGUAUGAAAAAACUUCGAUCCGUUACUAUGACAACCGCUAUUUUGCAAAACUUCCAUGGAAAGAGGACCACCCAACACUACCAUUGAAUAGACAUAUUGCAUAUCGACGGACAGUAAACGUUGUUAAUAGAUUAAGAAAAGAUCCAAACAUGUUAACAAAAUAUGGAGAAAUCAUCGCAGAACAGCAGAGAAGAGGCUUUAUAGAAAAAGUUGACGACAAAAUUCCACAAGACAGAAAAGUACAUUAUAUUCCACACCACCCGGUGAAAAAGGAUUCUGCAACUACCCCAAUAAGAAUAGUGUACGACUGCAGUUGCCGUGAAACACCUGAUAUCCCUUCACUGAAUGAUUGUUUACUAAACAUUCCACCAAAUCUGAACGACAUAGCUGCAAUACUUCUCAGGUUUCGUCUACAUAAAUAUGCAGUAACAACAGACAUUGAGAAAGCGUUUCUUAAUGUGGGACUAGAAGAAAAGGACAGAGACGUUACAAGAUUUUAUUGGUACAGCAACCCAACAGACCCAACAGGACAGUUAGUAACUUACCGUUUUAAAUCCGUUCUUUUUGGUGCAACAUGCUCUCCUUUUAUUUUGAAUGCUGUUUUGCUGAAACAUUUGAAAGACAACGUGUGCACCUGGACAGAGAGGUUAACAAAUGACCUGUACGUCGACAACAUUAUUUCAAGUUUUUCAGAAGAAAACGAUUUAAUAAAUUACUACAACCAGACUCGACCAUUAUUUGCCAACGCAGGAUUUAAUCUUAGAUCAUGGGCUUCAAAUAGUGAGAUAUUGCAGGAAUUUGCAAGAAAAGACCGUGUUGUGGACAAUGACAAAAUUAUCAAGGUACUUGGUUUAAAAUGGAAUGCUGAGAAAGACACAAUUACAUUUGCUAAAAAGGAUGCACUUGGUAAUAAAAACAAAAAUGUUACAAAACGAGAUGUACUAAAACAGACAUCUAGAAUAUACGACCCGUUGGGAAUUUUAAGCCCAAUCACAGUGAGAAAUAGAAUGUUUUUACAGGAGUUAUGGAAGAAUGGACUAGAUUGGGACCAGUCGUUAUCGUCAGAAUUUACAAAACAAUGGACAGAAAUCGCUCAAAAUACAGAAAAGGCGCUAGAAACGGAAAUACCCCGCAUGUACCUUCAAGGAGAGGAAGAUAUUUCGAACUCAACCCUACAUAUAUUUACUGAUGCAAGUGCUAAAGCUUACGGAGCAUGCGCAUAUUUUGUGACAGAAAAACAAAGUUCGCUUGUUAUGGCAAAAAGCAGAGUUGCUCCGUUAAAACAGAUAACAAUACCAAAGCUAGAGUUAAUGGGAGCAGUAAUUGGCGCAAGGUUAUUGGAUUAUAUAGGAAAAAAUAUACAUUUUUCUACCGCAUUUUUAUGGACUGACAGCCAAAUUGUCUUGCAGUGGAUGAACACAACAAAACCGCUUAACGUCUUCACAAGAAACAGAGUACAAGAGAUCAAGAAACUUACAGAGAAAUACCAAUGGAAAUAUUGCCCAACGAACUCAAAUCCAGCUGACCUUUUAUCGCGUGGAGUAGACUUUGAUAAAUUUGCCGACAGCGACCUCUGGUUUAAAGGACCAACGUGGAUUAACGAAGAAAACUUGUGGCCUAAGUGGAAUGGCAAUGAAACAAUAAUUCUUACAAAUUUAGAAGACACAGAAAAUACACAAACUAUCGAGGAUAACACAGACAGGAAUUCUAUUAACAUUGCCCAUAUUUCUGGAAUAGUAGACAUUUCAAGGUUUGACACUUACAAUAAGUUGCUACAUGUUACUGCCUACGUCAUCAGAUUUAUUGAAAAUUGUAGGACAAGACAAAGGACCACUAGUCAAUUGGCCGUGAAUGAAAUAGACAGAUCAGCAUUAAUGUGGAUAAAAGAUAUUCAACAAAACAGAUACUUGGAUAUUUACGUCGAUUUAGAAAGAACUGGAAAGUCAAAACAUUCUCUGUUCAAACAACUUAAAUUAUAUUUGGACGAGGACAAAUUAGUUCAAGCACCACCUUUACCAAAAGACAGACUGCGCGAAGCGCCUCCUUUUACUGUUACUGGUGUAGAUUUUACUGGAGCGUUAAAAGUAAGGAAUAAGAAUGGAAAAGACAGUAAGGCAUACAUAUGUCUUUUUACGUGCGCUAGCACCAGAGCUGUACACUUAGAAAUAGUUACAGAUUUAACAGAAGAACAGUUUAUAUUAGCUUUCCGUAGAUUCUCAAGUAGGAAAUCACUCCCAAAAAUCAUGUUAUCUGACAAUGCGACAUCAUAUGUAGCAUCAGCGAAAGAAAUUGAAAGGCUAACUUCAUCACCAACACUUCAAGCAACAUUGAAUAGUCAAGGGACAGAGUGGAAGUUCAUACCGAAGCGAGCGCCUUGGUAUGGCGGUUUUUGGGAAAGACUCAUUGGAUUAACAAAAAAUUGUAUCAAGAAAGUUUUAGGACGAUCUUAUGUGAGUUUAGAUGUACUUAAUACUACAGUAAUAGAAGUAGAGGCGAUUCUAAAUGACCGUCCGUUGACAUACAUAUCUACAGAUCCGAUAGACGAGGACCCACUGACUCCAUCUCAUUUAUUAUAUGGAAGGAAAAUCGUAUCAUUACCGUAUCCUAGCAACCAACACGUCGACGACAACCUUGUACAAACAAACUUUAUACAAUACAAUGCCAGAUAA